AUUUCAAUUUCCAUCACAAGCUCCUUGAGUGCCCAGCACUCACAUUUACAAACAUUCCACCGAAUAGUUUCGCUCGCUAGGUACUUCUAAAAUUGAUUCCAUAGCGAAGGUUAAUUGGCCCCAUUGAUGACCUUAAUUUAAUUUUGGGGAGCUAGUAAUGUCUCAUUUUUGAGCCAAUAUUACGAGUUCACAGAUGAGUUUUUUAAUUUAAAGUUUUGAUUUGCAUCUGCAUCGUCCGAGUGAAAUAACAUGGAAAGACCAAGUGAUAACAAAAAAUGUUUGAGAAAGAGUGUGUUCUCGGUGCCCACACUUGUUAUUGUAUUAGUUAUCGGUGUCAUUGCGUGUGCUAGUUUCUAUUUUUUCGGGGGAAGCUCUAAAGCCGGUAGUUCUUUACGGUUUGUUAGCAUCGUUCAUCGGCAUGGAGAUAGAUCUUCGGAGAUUUCGUAUCCCUUGGAUCCAUACAAAGGAGAAACAUUUUGGCCGGAGGGACCGGGGGCACUUUUACAGAGAGGGAAAGUGAAUAUGCACAGGCUGGGAAUCUUCUUGAGGCGCCGCUACGAUGGAUUCAUUCCCUCCGCGUACAACCCGGCUGACGUCCACGUCCUAUCAACUUUCAUUGACCGGGCUUUGAUGAGUGCAGAGCUUGUUUUAUCCGGGCUAUACCCUCCUGUUAAAAACCAAAUUUGGAAUUCCGACCUCCUCUGGCAACCCGUCCCGGUUCAUUCUACCACUCCAUCCACCGAUGACAUGUUGCGAGUGUCUAAAUUCUGCCCACUUUUAAGAAAAGAAGGAGAGCAACGAAAGAUUUUCAUAAGACAGAAAUUAAAUGAACAUCAAGAGUUCCUCGCCUAUCUUUCUAAGGUGACUGGCCUUGAUGUUAAAACUGAGAGGGACGUCAAUCAUAUCUAUGACAAUCUCCAAGCUGUGGACCAAGAGGGAUUGCCAUUGCCGGAAUGGGCUAAAGAUAUCUAUCCUGAUAAAUUAAAAGCACUUGCCAAAAUACGAUACCUUGAAGACUUUGCAACUCCUCUCAUGAUAAAACUUAGCUCAGGUGUUUUCAUCAAUGAGCUGUUACUGAGUAUGAGACGUAAAAUAGAUUCACCAGAAAAUUUUGAACGGCGUUUGAAUUUGUACUCCGCGCAUGACCUGACGUUAGUGCGUGUCUGGCAUGGUUUGAAUAUCAGUCAAGAAAUCACAGACAACCCUCCUUAUGGCGCCGCUUUGAUAUUCGAAUUGCACGAGCUCAAGGACAAACACCGAAUAAAAAUAUUGUACAAGAGAGGCAGCAUCGACGAGGACCCUGAAAUUGUACACAUCCAAGGUUGCGAGGACAGGCAGGCCAUCGAUCCCGAUGGAAUGUGCGAUUUCGAUGUCUUCUCAUCUGCACUACAGUCCGUGAAAAUCACAAACUUUGAUGAGGAGUGCCGAAUACCUCGAUAGGAGUGAUUGUGAUUGCAUAACGUUAAGCAAAUCAAUUAUAUCUACACGAGGACUUUUUCAUAUGAGAGCAACACAGCCGAAUAGGAGAAACAUAAUCCAGCCUCGUUUUUGAAAUUUUCAUCUGAAUGCGAGCGAAGCCUCGUUGACGGCAUGGAGCGGAGUAUUGCAAGUUCACGCGCCGUCGCGCCUUCAAUUUUGCAGAUGCAACACAGACAUCUAUCAAGCACGAAUAGUUGUAUCUCUGCGCCGUCAUCGACGCGCGUUGAGGUGCCUCCUAUACUUGUUUGAGGAAAGUUGAAGUCAAGGUUUGCUCAAAACAUGCCAUGAGGUGUCCAAAUAAAUAAUACUUAAACAAACAAAAAAAAGUUCAGAGGUCUCUCAAGUGCCUUGAAAGGCGCACGGCUAAGGAUUGUAUUUUGGCAAGAGUUUUUUUUCUUACAACUAUACCCCGAAAAAUCCGAGGCCGGGUAAUAUUUGCCCGACUAUUUCGCCGGCAGGAUUUACAUAUGGCGGACGAGGAGGAGAAGUGAGGAAGUGCCAGUUUGUUGCCAAAAAGGUAAACAUUUUUUUUUAAAAAAAGUAUUUCUUACCUUCAAAAACAUAGAAAAAAUAUAAAUAAUACUUCAAAAACCAUCAAAAUCAAUUGUAUUUGAUUGCGGAUCAACAUGUCCCGACCUAGAAAUUCGUGUAUAAAAAAGGCCUCGGGCAUUCAAGGGUUAAAGUAACAUUUUUGAGAUUUUGACAAAAUGUUAUUGUCGAUUGAAACUGAGAAGUUAUGAAAAAGCUAAUGAUAAAAAUGAACUUUGAGCUCGACCGAAAAAUUGAACCAUAGAGUGUAAUUUUCCUUGUCGUAUACUUUAUGAUGAGUUCACUCAUAACAACAUAUACCUUAAUUUUUCCCGAAAUAUCACGGAAAUCCCGACCGAGAUACCUUUCACUCACUCCAAUGGAUUCUAAUUCACUCCUCGGAAUAUCUUGUUUGUGAAACUGGAGGCCAACAAAAUACAUUGUUUGUUGCAACUUUGUUGAUAACAUGCACCGCACUCCAUGUUUUAAGUGAGUAUCAAUCAAUGAGUUUAGAUAUGUUUGCGUUUUGUGCGUUCGUUUUUAGAGAUAAUUCAUUAUUUUCCUUAUAAAUGUUUGCUAAAAGCACACGUGAUUAUAGUAAAGAAAAAUAGUAUGUGAAAAAACCUACCAGUGUCUUAAUGCAUUAUAUUUCUUUUUCGCUCCAAA